AACAUCAUCAUCUCUCUCUGCUUUCUCCAUCGAAAAAUCUUUGAGAGACACAGCAGAGGAGUUGGAGAGAUGGCGAGGUCGAGGAGAAAGUACAAGAACUCUAGGGCCAAAGUUCGCGUUGCUCUUCCCAAGAAAAACCCUAAUAUCUUUAAGCCAGCUUUCAACUUCCCGCCCAAGCUCCGCGCUCUCAUGGCGGACAAUGUCCCCGAAUGGGACGAUCAGGCUAGCGUCAUCCAGAACUACAAAUCCUUCGGCGUCGUCUCCAACCCUAAUUUGCUCGGUAUCCGAUCUCGCACCGACCAUAUGAUCCAGGAUGACUCUCUCAACGUUCCUCCACCUCCGGAGCCACCGACCGAUGAUCCUCUUGCUAAGGAAUUCGAGCCCAUCGAUUCCGGCAGCGAGCUCGAGGAAGACGAUCUUAAGACAGCAUUGGGGAAGCAAAGGAAAGAUGGAAAGAGUGCGCCUUUACAGCCACUUACAACUAUGCAACGUACACAUAUAAGACGUUUGGUCGAGAAAUAUGGAGAUGACAUUGAGGGCAUGUACCGAGACAGAAAGCUUAACUCGAUGCAGCAUUCGGUUGCAACACUACGGAAGCUAUGCACAAGAUAUCACAUGUACAAGGAUACGAACCCGAUUUUAGUUCCAAGCUGAUUAGUUGUCUGACAUCUUUGAAUCUUCUUCUCAUGUUUGUUAUAAACUUACAACAACAAUACAAUUGGUAUCAAAGUUUUUUUAUAAAUCGAGAAUCUCGGAUUUCUUUU